UGAGGGGUCCCCAUACAUUUUUACCAAAUCCUAAUCCUACUCGCACUCGGAAUCGGAAAAAACUCCACCACUGUAUAUAUAUAUGUUACGCUCUCUCCAAAACGUCCCCAAAACCCACACCAUCUCCCCCACGAAACCCUAGAGAGAGAGAGAGAGAGAGAGAGAGAGAGAGAGAGAAUCGUAGAGAGAGGUAGAGAGAGAGAGGAGGAAUGGGAACCGACCUAUUACGCUCUCCGAAUCCGAUCCGCGUGGCGCGCCCCGAUCGCCUCGUCCUCGCCCGCUUCAGCGCCGCCGAGCUCGCCGCGGCGGCGAACCUCGUCCAACUAAGCGAGAGCUCCGGCGACUCGUCCGCGGACGCGCUCGGGAUCGAGCCCUACGCCGCCUCGGCCUCCGCCGCCGCCGCGGCGCGCGGCGGCGACGACUCGUCCUCGCCUCGCUCGGUGAACACGCGGCGGCGCGAUGCGGCGGCGGGGGCGGAGGAGAAGGACGAGGAGGAGGACGACGACGACGACGCGGUGGGAGGAGGCGGCGCGCCGCGGGGGAGGAGGCGUCGCUACCGUUCGAUCGCGGAUCUCUACGCGGCGACGGCUCCGAUCGGAGAUGGAGGAAACGCUAAGAGCGAGAUGAAGAGGAGGAGGAGCGACGGGGAAAGAGAAUAGAGAGAGAGAGAGAGAGAGAGAGAGAGAGAGAGAGAGAGAGAG